AUGCUAGGCUCUAUGAUCGCGUACAAAUGCAAGUCAGGCUCGUACAAGACAACCAAGAAGCAGGUUCACCUCCAUGGUUUUGUUGCCCACCAGCUCACUGAAAGAAAGAUCGAUUCUUCUCAGCGCAUGGCAAUAGCUCACAGCCAAUGCCAUGGCAGGAUCAGUUAUUUUCAGACAGGAUCUGAAGUUGAGGAAUCCAAGACGUUCAGCCGGAGUGGUCUGAAAGGUAACGGCCAGAAGGAAGGGAAGGUCUUGAUCAACCAUUGCCUCGUUGCUCCUCUGUUCCAAAAUGCUGUCUAG